AUGCCGGCGCUUCCACAUCACGAAUUACGAAAGGAUAGCGACCGGCCAGGCCGUCGCCUUCGGGAGGGAAAUGUCGCCGUGUGCCCGACAGACGACGAGGCGGUAGUACCGAGGAAGGUGGACAAGCAGAGCCUGGACUAUCUAUGGCGCUCUGGCACGGCGGGCGGUGUUGCAGGAUGCGCUGCAAAAACCGUCGUUGCGCCGCUUGACCGGGUCAAAAUCCUCUUCCAGGCGAGGAAUCCGCAGUUCGUCAAGUACUCCGGGUCCUGGGUUGGUACAGUCGCAGCUAUGAACGAGAUAUACCGCCAGCAGGGCACCGCAGGACUGUUCAGGGGUCACUCAGCCACCUUGUUAAGAGUGUUCCCGUACGCUGGGAUCAAGUUUCUCGCAUACGAGCAAAUACGAUCAGCCGUUAUCCCGACCAAAGACCACGAGACUCCCCUGAGGCGGCUCCUGAGCGGCUCUCUCGCCGGAGCAACCUCGGUCUUCUUCACCUACCCGCUGGAGGUAAUACGGGUCCGACUGGCCUUCGAGACAAAACAACACGACCGCUCGUCAUUAUCUUCCAUAUGCCGGCAAAUCUACAACGAGCACCCAGGCGCUACACCUGCCGCCGGGACACAUGGCCCGGCUCCCGUCAAAUUAGCGACAGCGGCGGCCUCGACUGUGGAGGCUGUUGUACCGCAGAGAGGCAUGAUCAACUUCUACCGCGGUUUCUCGCCGACAAUACUUGGAAUGCUUCCCUACGCCGGCGUGUCCUUCCUCACCCACGACACAAUGGGGGACUUGCUGCGACACCAUCUGAUCGCGGAGUGGACGACAUUACCGCAGCGCAGGAACGCGCCAGAAGGAAAGCCGCCACCUUUACAAUCCUGGGCGGAACUGCUGGCGGGCGGCGUGGCGGGGUUGGUCUCGCAGACAUGUUCGUACCCGCUCGAGGUCGUGCGGCGGCGGAUGCAGGUGGCAGGGGCAGUGGGUGAUGGCCACCGGUUGCGCAUCGCCGAGACGGCGGCGCUGAUCAUGAAGGAGCGGGGGAUACGGGGCCUCUUCGUCGGUCUCACGAUCGGAUACGUGAAGAUUGUGCCCAUGAGUGCGGUCAGCUUCUUUACAUACGAGCGGCUGAAGUCGGUGUUCGGAAUUUAG